AUGGACAGGUUGCACUCCUCCAUGCGUAAAAGGCUCUACAGUUUGCCACAGCAUAUUGGACAGAAAGCUUCUAUUAUGGGCGAAGGAGAAGACGGCGACAAGGACACCCGGAGGAAGAGUAUUAGGAUGAAACCCUUGCCGUCACCAACCUCCAGAGGAAGCUUCAAAGGCAUUGGGGAGACCAGAAGUGGAGACACGGUGAUCAUGGAGACGGACAUUGGAAGACCAACGAAGACCAGUUUAAACGGAGAUUGUCGGAGAUUUCGUGGCAGUCUCUCCUCCAUCACCAGUCGGCAUGUGCACGACUCAGACUCGGCGGAGCAGAGGCGCCUCAUCACGGAAGGGGACGUCACCCCGAGCGAGGAGAGCCCCCCCGGAGCUAUUGGCGGCGGGGUGGACCAGGGUGCGCAAGGCGCCAGCGGGGGUGGUGCUGGUGGUGCCCAACAUGCUUCUCUUGACCAGGAAUCAGGGUUCAUAAAGUUGGAUGGCAUUGAUCAAAUUUUGCCGGACGACGAGAGAUUGUACCAGGCAGGAUUCAUACACAGGCAGUUUGGGGCAAUGCUGCAACCGGGGGUCAACAAGUUCUCCCUAAGGAUGUUUGGGAGCGAAAAGGCGGUGGAACGGGAACAAGAGCGGGUUAAAUCCGCCGGAUUUUGGAUAAUUCACCCUUACAGUGAUUUCAGGUUCUACUGGGACCUGACCAUGCUGCUGCUGAUGGUGGGGAACCUGAUCGUCAUCCCGGUGGGCAUCACCUUCUUCAAAGACGAACACACGCCCCCCUGGAUCAUCUUCAACGUGAUCUCAGACACCUUCUUCCUCAUGGACCUGGUGCUCAACUUCCGCACGGGCAUCGUCAAGGAGGACAACACCGAGAUCAUCCUGGACCCACAACAGAUCAAGAUCAAGUACCUGAGGAGCUGGUUCGUGGUGGACUUCAUCUCCUCCAUACCUGUGGACUACAUCUUCCUCAUCGUGGAGACGCGCAUCGACUCCGACUUCUACAAGACGGCCCGGGCGCUGAGGAUCGUCCGCUUCACCAAGAUCCUCAGCCUGCUCAGACUGCUCAGGCUGUCCAGGCUCAUCAGAUACAUCCACCAGUGGGAGGAGAUCUUCCAUAUGACCUAUGACCUGGCCAGUGCCAUGGUGCGUAUCGUCAACCUGAUUGGUAUGAUGCUGCUGCUGUGCCACUGGGACGGAUGUCUGCAGUUCCUGGUUCCCAUGCUGCAGGACUUCCCCCAGGACUGCUGGGUGUCCAAAAACAAAAUGGUGAACGACACAUGGGGCCAGCAGUACUCCUACGCCCUGUUCAAAGCCAUGAGCCACAUGCUGUGUAUCGGGUACGGCAUGUACCCACCUGUGGGCAUGACGGACGUGUGGCUCACCAUCCUCAGCAUGAUCGUGGGCGCCACCUGCUAUGCCAUGUUCGUGGGUCACGCCACUGCACUCAUCCAGUCUCUGGACUCCUCCCGUCGGCAGUACCAGGAGAAGUACAAACAGGUUGAGCAGUACAUGUCAUUCCACAAGCUGCCGGCUGAUAUGAGGCAGAGGAUCCAUGACUACUACGAGCAUCGCUACCAAGGCAAGAUGUUUGACGAGGAGAGCAUCCUGGGAGAACUCAACGAGCCACUCAGAGAGGAAAUCAUUAACUUUAAUUGUCGAAAGCUGGUGGCUUCCAUGCCACUGUUUGCCAACGCGGACCCCAACUUUGUGACCUCCAUGCUGACCAAGCUGCGCUUCGAGGUGUUCCAGCCCGGAGACUACAUCAUCAGAGAGGGCACCAUCGGCAAGAAGAUGUACUUCAUCCAGCACGGAGUGGUCAGCGUUCUCACCAAGGGCAACAAGGAAACCAAGCUCUUAGACGGAUCCUACUUCGGGGAGAUCUGUCUGUUGACGCGGGGUAGAAGAACAGCCAGCGUCAGAGCAGACACCUACUGCCGUCUGUACUCUCUGUCUGUGGACAACUUCAACGAGGUCCUGGAAGAGUACCCCAUGAUGAGACGGGCCUUCGAGACUGUGGCUCUGGACCGGCUGGACCGCAUAGGGAAGAAGAACUCCCUCCUGCAGCACAAGGUGCAGCAUGACCUGAGCUCCGGCGUUCUCAACUACCAGGAGAACGAGAUCAUCCAGCAGAUUGUGCAGCAUGACAGAGACAUGGCCACCUGCGCCCACCUACUCCAGAACAUUCCUCCACCUCAGCCCCCGUCUUCGGGGCACACCCCCGUCAUCUGGGCUCCCCUCAUCCAGGCACCCCUGCAGGCUGCUGCCGCCACCACCUCUGUUGCCAUCGCCUUGACGCACCACCCCCACCUCCCACACCUCCCCGCCGCGCUCUUCCGCCCGCCGGUCACGGUCCUGGGCUCCAGGAACCUCCAGGACCCUCCCCCUGAUCGGCUGAAGAAGUUCCACACGUCGGCGCCCACCUCCUCCAUGGGGCCUGACUCCCCUUCCAGCACCCCAUCUAAACUGCACUGCUCUGGGAUGGACACAGCCCUGCUGGCCUCCUUCCGGGCCCACCACACGACUCAGGGGUCAGGGGCAGCCAGCUCCAGUCAGCAGGCGUCCAGCAGCAGUGGAACCCAGCCUGGGCCUACCGGGGCCUCCGCCUUUCCCUUUGGGCCUUUCUCCUCCUCCGGGGGCUCUCCCUCCCACAGCACGGCCCAGAGCACGGCCCAGCUUCACUCACAGCCCCAGACGCAGCAGCCAUUCCGCUGCACCACCCCGCCUCUUGCUGCCCUCUUCCAGCAGGGAGCCAUGGGGGGAGCCGUGGGGACAGGGAUGGGUGGAGCAACAGGGGGAGCUAUAGGGGGGGCUACAGGUUGGUCUUCAGGAGGCGCUACCGGAGGUGAAAUAGGAGGGGUUGCUGAGGGGGCCACGGGUGGGAAAAUAAGAAGGGCCACUGGUUGGGGUAGACGUGGGUCUAUAGAAGGAUAUACUACUGGAGGGCAUAUAGGAGGAGCCACUGGGGGGUACUCAGGAGGGGCUAGUGGUGGGCACAUUAGAGGAACUAGUGGAGGCCAUAUAGGAGCUGGUGGAGCAAUGGGAGGGGCAGCUGGAGGGCAUAUAGGAGAGGCAAUGGGAGGGGCUACAAGUGGAAUGACAAUUGGAGUUCUGGGUACCUCUAGUUCUGGUUGUAGUAUCAGCCCCCAGUCCACUGGUUCAUCCAGCAACAUGAACCCCUGUCAGCUGCUCCACAGCCAGCUGCCCCCCAAGCCUCCACAGGUGGGCUCCCUGCAGCAGUUUGCAGGCGGGGGUAGGACUCCUUGUGGGUUCUACCACCUCCCCCCUCCAGGCUCCCCAUCCUCCUCCUCCACCCAGCAGGCCCCAGAGGGCUCCCCGUCUCCCCUGACCCAGUUCAGCCUGGCAGGCUUACAGUCUGGCCUGGUCCCUCAGCUGUCCCUGGAGAGGUCUGCCCUGGCCUCGUUGGCCCAGUACGGCUCAGGUAACGGCUCGCCCUGCUACACCCCCCUGGGGCCUAGCCCCACGGUCCAAAGCCCAGUCACAGGAAGGACUUUCCACUACAGUGACUCGUCCAGUGCCACGGGGUCCCACAGCUCUCUGCUCAUGCCCCAGACCUCCCUCCCCAGCCAGCAGCACGCAGCCGGCAGUGAGUCUCUGCUGGGGCUGGGCAGCUUCUCUGAGGAUAUGAAACUAUUGUCCUGUUCUAACCCCUCCCUGCCCCAGGAUGUGGCCCAGGCCAUGGGAUACUCCUCACUCCCACGCUCCUCACCCCCUCGCACCUCGCCCCCACGCUCCUCCAUGGAGCCAGGAUACUGCCUCUCCUCGCCCUACUCCUCCCCCAUCCUAGUUCCAAAACCCUGUAGCUCGGUGUCAGGGCACAUGGCUCCUCCUGUCCCUGCCCAGAUGUCUCCAGGACACCUGCAGCACCAGACUCAGUCCCCCGUGGCCUCCCCGGCCCUGCCGCCAUGGAAAGGCUCUGCAGCCCACUCUGAACUAGAACCUGUCCGCUCCAAACUAACCUCCAAUUUGUGA